AUGGAGGCCGGCAAUCGCGACGAUGAGGAUCGACCAUUGGCAGCCCAUCAUUUCGACUUCGUCCAACAACCCCAGUCGCCGCCACGGCCGCUUCGCUAUCACUACGACCAAAUCGAACACCAUCACAACGACCCGCAAGACUCUUAUCCGAGCCAUCUGGUAGUGGGCGACUCUCUUCAUAAUUAUCCCUCCUCUGCUGCACUCAAUCACCUACCGUUCCAGUUGGCGGACAGUCCCGAGCAGGUGCACUUUGAUUCAGCCCUUGCUGCGUAUGCUGCAAACAAUUCCCAGGCCGCCGAUGCGAACUCUACUUCGAGCAUCGAGGUCGUAGACCCCGACGACUUCUACAGAACCUACCGCCCGCACGCAAGCAGUGGCAGUGCCGAACACGGCGACUUGAUGGCGUCCACCACGCUCCCCACGCAAAGGCAAAACAACCAAGGCCUGCGACCCAACGGCAACGGCACGACCCCAAAGCAUCCUGUGAUUCCCCCGGCACAACCCACCCGCACUGGUCUGAGACCAGCCUCACGGUCAGCAUCGGCGCCCCUCGGCGAUGCAGGCAAGCCGAGACCUGCAGCCGGAGCUGCUUACGGUAGCAGUAGCAGCAAAGGCGAUGGUGGCGGUGGUGGUGGUGGUGGUGCAGGUCAGCCCAGCGUCAAGGAUUUAAAGAGGCGGUUCGAUCAGAAUGCCGCGGCGCAGUCGACUAACAGCGGAACCACCGUUACCACACGUAAGACGGUGCCACGCAUCCCCACGCGAGAGACAUCAUCAGCAUCAUCAUCUUCGACAAAUUAUCGCGGAGUCGGGGGGCCGUCCAAUGCAAAUGGGCAAUCACCAUACUCGAACUUGCCGUCAUCUGUGACGCGUGAUAUUCCUCCGGGCAGCGGGCCGUCGUCGCCCGCGUCUGCCUCGCGAUCGACCCAGAGGAACAAGUUUGUGCCCGAGGACCAGCUGUCUAACAACGCACAGUCGUUCGCAAGCCGCAUCUCGAAACCUCGAGCCUCGAGCAGUGCCCAAGGAUUAACCUCCAAGUCCAUGAACAAUCUUUCCCCGACCAGUCCGACAUUUUCAACCCCGCCGGUUCCUCGAUUGAACAAAAGCAGCAGCAGCAGCACUAGCGGUGGUAGGAGCCUGCUCUUUGGUGAGAUAUUGCCAGGUGAAGGUAAUCCAGACACAGUUGGUUAUGGGAUCGACGGUGUGCGGCCAAGGCGCACUUCAGAGUCCAAUCUCCAUAGCCCUACCAGUUUACACCAACGAAGUUUGUCUCAUGCUGACGCCGAGCUUGCCUCACCGACCGAUUGGUAUCGUGUCGUCAACGGAACCGCCACCGCGCAUGACAGAAGCAACCAGGGGAAGCCACCAGGGAAACUACACAAAGGUCACGGUAGGGCCCAGAGUGAUGUUGCUAGGUCCAAGCCGAGCCCCCUCAAUACCAAGACGCCGUUGCAUUCACGAAGACAUCCCACCCCCGGCGUGGCGCCGCCAUCAGCGUCCUCCAAGCUGCCCCUGUCUAUUCGAAAACAGAGCAGUCCCGCUUCCUCCGACAACUCACGGUCGAAUUCCCCCUCUACCCUCAAACAUCCACCAACACGAACGCCGGGUAAGUUGAAGACGACGAACCCGGCCGGUACGUCAGCUUCCAGGAGCACCUCAGCGGUCAGAGGAACGUCAGCUGUGAGGGCGAAAACACCCACCCUCAACACCCCGAGCAAGCGAGCGAACCCGCCAAGGCUAGGCGCAACUACUCCAAGUGGCAACAAACGGUUAAAUGCCUACAUUUCUGCGCCGCUGCCAAAACUAUCCCCGCCCUUGCGAAGCUCGAGGCCCCGCCAACCCGUAUCCAGUGCCACGACGGCGAGCUCGAGGAUGAGGGCUGUGGAGCGGGGAAGAUCUCCCAAUAAGCUGGACAAAACGGGUCUCAAGCCGCCAAGCGAGCUCUCGACACGGCGGAGGAAGAUUUCCAUGGGACCGAUCGACUUUGAAUCGCGCCGAGAGCAGAUCAAACUUUCGUAUACCAAGAGCAUACGGGAGACAGAAGCCAAGGCGGCGGCAAGGAAGCUGGCGGCGGCAGAGAAAGAGAAAGAGAAAGAGAGGCGGAAAAGGGAGGCACUGGAAAAGGCGGAGGCGGAAAGGGCGGAGGCGGAAAGGGCCGCCCAGUUCGAGCUGGCUGCUAUUCAGCACGCAGAGGAAGAGCAGAGGCAACACGACCUCGCCAUCGCAGCCCUCGGGUUUGGAUCAGAGAUACCGUUCAGGGAUCAACCGGAAACCCAAUCCGAGAUCUGGGCACAAAAUCCAGAAAGUGAUGUGCCUGAACAGCUACCCCUGACAAUCACCACAGACUUUACAGAGUCGCCUGAAAAUUCCAAUACAGCCGAAGCUGCGCGCCAACCUUUCGACUCACCCACCCUCGGUAUCCCUGGAAGCUUUCCCAGCCUGGCAUCUCCCCAGAUCCAUGAAGAGACACCGCUCUCCGCUGUUUCAAAUACAACUGAAUUCGACGUCGAACCUCAGACAGAGCCGCCUCAGCAGCAGCAGCAGCAGCAGCAGGGGGGAGUGGAGGAGUCUUCACCGCUAGCUGACCACAGCACACAUGAUGAAAUUCCCUACGAAAUCGCAGAACCCGAAGCGCAGGUCGAGGAAAGGGCAGAAUCCGAUGUGUCCCGAGCGAUAUCCGAGUACAAGUCACCGUUUGAGGAAGAAUCAGUAAACGACAGCGUAUCUAUCAAGAUUUCCUUAGAUCCCUCAUCACAGGAUGCUGUGCAACCUACCCCAACCCGCAGUGACUUCAGCAUAGAUCCCAAUCUUCCUGGAUCUUAUCAAGAUGACGAUGAAUAUGUGCCUCAGCCGUUUGUUGCGCCGUCUUACGAAACAACGGUGACGAUUAUCCAUCGAGAAUCUGGCUUCUCGCCAACAAGUCUGGGUCCAGACGGCGCAUCGGACACCUUGGCGGUUCCAUCUGCACACGAUGAACUUGCAGAAGCAGACGAUCGAAAUGACCACAGUCGGUCAAGCCGGAGAUCCUCCCUUGGCGAGGUGGUCCACUCAAGCAAUGAGCAUAGCGACCAGGAUUCUGGCCUCGAGAAGCUCGAGGAGUUUUAUGUUGGUCCUAACGUGGCUGACUCAGCAGCACGACUUCGCGAUUCGUCGAGUAGCAUUCCUCCAGGACACACCGAGGUUGGUCAUAGUAGGACAUGGCCACCGGAACUUGCACCAGAAGCGACUCGAUUUUCGACAGAAACUCCAAGGACUGCAGAAACGCAACCGGGUCUCAAUGUUCCCCGAACUCUUACCCCCCCAAAUCGAACUAGCCAGAACACUGUCUGGACGGACUUUUCCAUCGACAGCAAGGAUGGCUAUUCCGACAUGCCACCAAAGUUGCCACAUGACGAUGUGGUGUAUCGCCAAAGAGGCUCUGUUUCAGAAACAGCCUCGAGAUCUCAGUCAAUACAGUAUGAUCGAGAUUCCAAGAUGUUUACGUCCAGCCCUGGAAGCUCCCCACAUGGCAGCUACCGAAGUACAAUGUUGUCGGACACCAAUAAACAACAUCAACUACCCGAACUUGACACAGGGGGUGGCUUUGUCGUAGAUUACAUGCCUCGUAAGAAUAGCACGGUGCUUUCGACAGUGCCUGUCCUGCCAGAUCACUCUCCCCCAGCGCCGCCUGAAGAGGCUACAUUCCCGGAUGUUCUGAGUUCUGCACCACCAAGCGAGUACUACAACGAUACCAGACCGAGUAGCUACUUUCUUGGUGACCAGAGUUCGAUCUCCGUGUCGAGACCACAAAGUGAGACCUUUGAUCAUACCGACUCAGCUCUGCAUUCGAUCGACCAAGGCUCUUUCGAAACCUCGGAGGGUGUCCAAUCCAGCCGGCCGCGAUUGGACAGUCAGCAAACCCUUGCUGAUAGCAUUGAUCAGAAUGAAAACUCGUCAGGCCUGCCACCGAAGGAGCGGAAGAGGCUAUUCACCCGCCUUGAAACAAUCAAAGAAUUGAUCGACACAGAGGCGUUCUUCAUUCGAGAUAUGAAUAUUGUGGAAGAGAUUUACAAAGGCACGGCUGAGGCUUGCCCACAGCUUGACGAUAAGACUAUCAAGCUCAUCUUUCGCAACACUGAUCAGAUCAUUGCUUUCCAUUCCUCUUUUCUGUCCGAACUGAAGGAAGGGGUGUCCAGCGUGUACAUCCCGAAGGGCGCGCGCUCUGUAGCGAAGGAUGGAUCUUCCGUGGCAGACGGCAGUGCGUCCAUCUCAAAUGGAUCACCGACUGCUACAGGCGAAUUGAGUGACGCGAGAGAUCGGGAAACAUCUCUCGGCCCAAUAUUCUCACGAAACAUGGAACAAAUGAAAAUCGCUCACGAGACAUUCCUCAAAAAUAGUGAUCAUGCGGCCAAGCGCCUUAUUCAGAUUCAAGAGGACCCAACGGUCAAGGUUUGGUUGAACGAAUGCAACGAAGUUGCCAGGGACCUCACGAAAGCCUGGAACUUGGAUUCGCUGCUCAUCAAGCCCAUGCAACGGAUCACUAAAUACCCUAAUCUCUUGAUCCAAGUGCUUCAUGAGACGCCCGCAGACCACCCGGAUCGGCAUGCCCUCGAGUCCGCUAAAGCCUGUCUUGAAGAAGCAAUCGAGGAGAUCAAUAAGACCAAGAAGAAUUUCGAGUUAGUCGGUCAGAUCGUCGGAAGGAAACGGAAAGAGUCCGACGUUCGAGCCGGAUUCGCUAGAGCUUUCGGCAAGCGCGUCGACAAACUUCAGCCAGCGAACAAUCGACCACCUGAGGACAGCGAUUAUCAGAAGCUGCACGAAAAGUUCGGCGACGAUUACCUGCGACUCCAAGUAGUCCUAAGAGACGUUGAAUUCUAUACGAGGACAAUCGCCACUUAUGUUCAUGAGUUCCUCCAGUACCUGUCAUCGAUGGAGUUGGUUAUGCGACUUCAGCCUUCGCCGCAUCCCGAAAUCGAAAGCAAGUGGGUGCGCUUCAAUGUGUCUAUGAGAGAUGUUGAGAAAGUAGCCCUAGAGCAACAUCUUUCUCAAGUUCGAAAGCACGUUAUCGAGCCUUUCGAGUUGGUAAUCAAAUCAUAUGGUAAUCCCUCCCUCGCUAUGAAGAAACGGGCCAAACGCCGCCUCGACUACGAGAAGUCUAUUCAACUCAAGAAAGCCGGAAAGAAGCUCGACAAGCAGCUGUCCGAGUGCGUAGAACAAUACGACGCCCUCAACGAGGCGCUCAAAAAGGAACUGCCGAAGCUCUCGGCGUUGACAGAGAGGGUUGGUAACAUUUGUCUCGGCAAUUUCGUUAACAUCCAGGCUCAAUGGUAUUCGAUCUGGAAGGAAAAAGUGAAAAUUGUCCUAGACAAUCCCCAAGUUCCAGAGAUCGCAGACAUCGUCUCAACCUUCCAACGGGAUUACAAAUUCCAGGAUGAACAGGUCAAUGCAAUCUCGAUUGUGAACCCUGCAUACAAGGGACGUGCUUCUCAUUCAACUGGCGCCGACGACGUUAAUCCAGGCGUCUCAAGAGUACGGCCUCGACCUUCGGAGCUCUCCUCUGCCUCGUCAACGCGCGGACGAGGCCUGUCAAUCAACAGUGACGUGGCACCGAGCUUGCCAACACCCGACUUCGGCAAGCGACACAGCGGGCAGUUCACCGUGUCUCCCACGGUCGCUUCGGCUUCGAUGCCAAGUCCAGCCCACCAGUUCUAUUAUUCUACCUACAGAGACUAUUACUCUGGUAUCAAUGGCCAGUCCCGUGGCUCGGCCUCUCCUAUGACCCCCGAUCUGUCCGCAAGCUCCCGGUCCCUAGCUGCGGGCUCUAUGCGGCCCGGUACAGGCCAGAGUUAUGACUCAAAUGGAGCUCCAAGACAGAGCUCCGACUCUGGUGCACAAGCAAGGCGGUACUCAAAUUCCAUUUACCCCUCCUCAGGCUACCAGAUGCCCGACAACCAGCGGUACUCGGGCUUGUUCCAGUCUGCACUUCCUUUGCCGGAUGGACCAGAGAAGAGCACGCGCCAAUCUCGGACUUCGUCCCGUGCUUCGUCUCGGGAGCGACAACCGAUCAACGGCUACAAUGUCCUCUGGCUUGCUGCGUCUCUUUUCGAAUUUAACAUCGAGACGACCAAGCAUGAGGCCGGGUAUCCUUAUCUCACAUACCAAGCUGGAGAGAUAUUCGAUGUCAUCGGCGAAAAGGGCGAACUGUGGCUUGCCAAGAACCAGGAUGAUCCCAGUAAUCUCGUUGGUUGGCUUUGGUCCAAACAUUUUGCCAAAUUGGCCGACGACUAG